AUGAAGAACCAAGACAAAAAGAAUGGGCCUGCCAAGCAAUCAGGCAACACUUCCAACCCCAAAAACACUCCGGGGCAACCUGAAGCAGGACCUGAGGGAGCCCAGGGGCGGCCCAGCCAGUCGGCUCCUGCGACAGAAGCUGAAGGUUCCACCAGCCAGGCUGCAGGGAAGGCAGAGGGAGCACAAGCCAAGAGUGCUCAGUCUGGAGCCCUCCAGGAUGUCUCUGAGGAGUUGAGCCGCCAGCUGGAAGACAUCCUCAGUACAUACUGUGUGGACAACAGUCAGGGGGGCCCAGGCGAGGAUGUGGCACAGGGUGAGCCUGCUGAACCCGAAGAUGCAGAGAAGUCCCGGACCUAUGCCUCGAGGAAUGGGGAGCCUGAGCCAGAGACUCCAGUAGUCAAUGGUGAGAAGGAAAUUUCCAAGGGGGAGCCGGGCCCGGACGAGAUCCGGACCAGUGAUGAGGUCGUUGACCGAGACCACCGAAGGCCACAGGAGAAGAAGAAAGCCAAGGGUCUGGGAAAGGAGAUCACGUUACUGAUGCAGACGCUGAACACGCUGAGUACCCCUGAGGAGAAGCUCGCGGCUCUGUGCAAGAAGUAUGCCGAGCUGCUGGAAGAGCACCGGAACUCCCAGAAGCAGAUGAAGCUCUUGCAGAAGAAGCAGAGCCAGCUGGUGCAGGAGAAGGACCACCUGCGCGGCGAGCACAGCAAGGCCGUGCUGGCCCGCAGCAAGCUCGAGAGCCUCUGCCGCGAGCUGCAGCGCCAUAACCGCUCCCUCAAGGAAGAAGGUGUGCAACGGGCCCGGGAGGAGGAGGAGAAACGCAAGGAAGUGACCUCGCACUUCCAGGUGACACUGAAUGACAUCCAGCUGCAGAUGGAACAGCACAAUGAGCGCAAUUCCAAGCUACGCCAGGAGAACGUGGAGCUGGCUGAAAGGCUCAAGAAGCUGAUCGAGCAGUAUGAGCUGCGGGAGGAGCACAUUGACAAAGUCUUCAAACACAAGGACCUGCAGCAGCAGCUGGUGGACGCCAAGCUCCAGCAGGCCCAGGAGAUGCUGAAGGAGGCCGAGGAGAGGCACCAGCGGGAGAAGGAUUUUCUCCUCAAAGAGGCUGUGGAGUCCCAGAGGAUGUGUGAGCUGAUGAAGCAGCAGGAGACCCACCUGAAACAGCAGCUUGCCCUGUACACUGAGAAGUUUGAGGAGUUCCAGAACACUCUUUCCAAAAGCAGUGAGGUCUUCACCACAUUCAAACAGGAGAUGGAAAAGAUGACUAAGAAGAUCAAGAAGCUGGAAAAAGAAACCACCAUGUACCGGUCCCGGUGGGAAAGCAGCAACAAGGCCCUGCUGGAGAUGGCCGAGGAGAAAACACUCCGGGACAAAGAGCUGGAGGGCCUGCAGGUGAAAAUCCAGCGGCUGGAGAAGCUGUGCCGAGCGCUGCAGUCAGAGCGCAAUGACCUGAACAAGAGGGUGCAGGACCUGAGUGCUGGAGGCCAGGCUCCCCUCACUGACAGUGGCCCUGAGCGAAGGGCAGAGGCUGCCAAUGCCUCUAAGGAACAGGGUGCCGAGGGGCCCAGGGUUCCAACUCCGAGCUCCCCAAGGGCCACGGAAGCUCCUUGCUGCCCUGGAGCACUGAGCACAGACCCUUCAGGCCAAACGGGGCCCCAGGAACCCACCUCCAUCACUGCCUAG